GGUCUCACUUCUUGCCAAAUCGCGUGCGUCGUCAGUCUGCACUCAGCUCUCAUCCGCCCGACAUCCACACAGCAGCGCGCAGGCUGGCACCACCAGCAGAGGAACGACCCUUUGUGCUUCACCCAAACUGACGCGCAUCCUUCUGAGAGACAUCACCGUUUAACGUCACCGUCCACCAUCCAGGCAGAGGAGAAAGCGUGAGGCACAAUGGGACCAUUCCAAGAGUAUGAGGAAAACAAAUCACCACAGAAAGGGAGCCCCCGCAGCCGCAUCCCACGUCUGGUCCUCCAUCCUUUCCGACCGAAAGACAAGGGAUCACCUCUGUCUGAUUCCCCUUUCUCAGAGGAGGAGGGCAGGGAGUGUGACAUCAGCUCUGAGCACUCCAAGAGGACCAUCAGCACCAACAGUUUUUGUUCUGAUGACACCGGCUGCCCCACUAGUCAGUCUGUGUCCCCCUCCAAAACCCCGUCAGGCUCAGAGCAGAGUGCCCACGGAUCGCCGAUACUCCCAGAGCGCAAGACCAAAGUGAAGAGGGUGAGGGUGAUGGCCGAGUGGAGUGGUGAAGCACGGAGUGCGCCGAGGCACAAGAGGGAGCUGAGGUCGGCCAUGAAAGCCAGAGGUAGUGAGGCAGACUUCAGCUCUUCCAGCAGCACAGGCAGCCUAAAGACCAGGGAGGGUCUCAGUUCCAAUUCAGUUGGAAAGAAGGCUCUUUCACGCAGUCGCAGCACUCACAUCAGGCCACUUCCGGUGUUCAAACCAGCCGGGAACCCAGCAGCCAACAGAGAUGCAGAACUCUACGCUCCCUACCGAACUCCUCCAAGAGCUGCCUCCUCAACCAACAGCAGCAGCUGCACCUCCAGCCCCACUUCUAGAAGGGCAGGUCUGGGCCGCUACCAUUCAUGUGGUGACAACCAUGGAAUCAGGCCUCCGAACCCUGAGCAGUACCUCACCCCUCUGCAGCAGAAGGAAGUGGCCAUCAGACACCUGAAGACCAAACUGCUGGAGUCUGAGAACAGAGUCCAUGACAGAGAGACAGAGAUUGAGGAGCUUAAAGCCCAGCUUAGCAGAAUGAGGGAGGACUGGAUUGAAGAGGAGUGCCACCGGGUGGAGGCUCAGCUGUCCCUCAAAGAAGCACGCAAAGAGAUCAAGCAGCUGCGUCAGGUGGUGGAAACCAUGAAGAGCAGCCUGAUGGAAAAAGAUAAAGGAAUUCAGAAAUACUUCAUUGACAUCAACAUCCAAAACAGGAAGUUGGAGUCCCUGCUGCAAAGCAUGGAGCUCGCCCAGAGUGGUGCCAACCUCCAAGAUGAAAGCACCCUGGACUUUAUGUACGACAGCUCUGAUGGCAGCGGGAAGAAGAUGGUGGGGGAUGAGGAAGGUGCGAUGGAGCUGGGACACCAAGGAGCAGAGGCAAUGGCAGACAGCGGGCUGCUGGCAAAUGAUGAGAUGGCGAACAGAGCGGACAUUUUGGAGAAGGUCUUCAUGUCCACUGCAAUGGAUUUCAGUCAGGACUGUAGCAGCAAGCUGAGGGCCAGUGCAGAGUCUGGGCCCGGAGUGUCUGCGCUGUCAGGAGAGAGACAGUCAACCGAUUCAUCCACUGGAACCCAGCCCACUCUACCAGAUAUGGUUGCCACCUCAGGCACACUUCCGCAUCAGGACAAAGAAGUCCAGGCCGACAUCAUGCCCAUGCCUCCAGACCUGCAGGCUCUGCUCUUUCAGCUUCUAAAGUACCAUGGGGUUGCAGCAGGAGAUGCAGCUCUGUCAGCCCCAGUUAGUCUUCUAGGGUUCCCAAACCUACCUGGCUCCAUUUGCACCACCACCAAACAGCCUGACUCAACACCUUCCCAACCCAGUACAUUUCCAGAGAGCCCCGAGACCUCUGCCGAUUCUGGCACAUGUUGCUCAGAGCCUUCCGAGAACAGACGAUUCAUGGAGGAGCUGGACUUUACUGUCGGCGAGGAGGAGCCUCAUCUGUCAUCAGGACUGGAUGUGGUCGGCAAGCGUUACUGGAGCAACAGCUUCCUGGUGGAUCUGGUGGCAGUAGCGGCACCAGUAUUGCCUACAGUGGCUUGGCUGUACUCACGGCAUGGCUUGGACGGAAGCACUCCGGUGUACAACAUCGCUGCCCUGAUUAGGGGCUGCUGCAUCAUGGGAUUGCACUCUCUUCGUCACAUCACUCAUAGGCCUGAUGCGUAAUGGCUUCCAAUCUGCAUGCAAAACCCCUGACCUUGAACUAAAGCACUUAAGCAUCUUUUCAAGAGUAUUUGUGACAUCGUUGAACACUUGAUAUCAAUGCAGUCAUUUUGGUUCGAGCACUGUUAUUUUUUUUUUUGCACUGUAGUUACCAAGAGGUGACAUGGAAGGGAUUAUUUAUAACAAAGUUUAUUUAUGUAUUUAUUUAUGAUUUACAUGUAUAAGCAGAUCAUCUGGGUAGAUGGUUGUGUGUUAUCAUAGUCCUGUGGUGUCCCUAGCUGUUUAAAGCAAAAGUUCUUUGUGUUAAGAGAUUUUCAGGAGGUGAAAGACUGACUGCUGCUUUCUGUUUGAUGGGUGGUGGAUUCUGGAAUGUUUCCUUUCUUCAAAAAGAAACCUUAAACCUUCAGCCAAAGCUUUAAUGUAAGUUCACCGUUUUGUGGAUUUUUUUUUUUUUUUUUUUUUUUUUUCCUUUUUCCUCCCCUCACUCUGGGGGUGUAGAGCUUUACUUGGUACUGCCUGUGUAUUGUUCAUAGAAGCUAAUGCUUCAAAGCAACUGACACUUGUUAUGUGCCUGAGCAAUGUGCAAUACUGGUAGUAACAUCAAUGUCCUUGCAUCUUUAUUAUUAAAGCAUGAUAAUUCUGGUUA